AUGGUUAUACCGCUCGGUACACCUAGUAUACAUUAUUGCAUCUACCACGAGAGCCGCCUUCAAGCCGAUCAUCUGCGCUCGAAGAUGAGUUGUCGAAAAACGGGUCGGGCAUACAUGUGGCAGGGCGGGGUAGGGCUCCUGCCGAGCAUGCCGAGAUGCCUCGAGCCGACGAGGCUCGGGCCUUCGCAGACGGCCAUCGCUGGGGCUGGGCGGGAGCAGGUCCGGACGCUCUACUACAGCACGACUACCGCAGGAGCCUUCAGCGAGAAGGACCCUCGGGACAUCGCAGCGGCAAGAGUCGAGAACUUCAUUGAUGUGCACGGAAUCGGGCAGCGAAGUGGCAAGUACCUGAAGCACCAGAAAAAGAGGGCCCCUCUGCUGGACCGCUCCUCGGUGGGCUACUACGCAGACUACAUCGCCCUGCCUCUUGACGACGCCCCCGUCACGAAAGCAUUGGCCAAGGAGAACAAGCUGCGCAGCAAUCCUCAGCACUCGAGACGCGGCCUCGGGUACGAUGCUGCAUCAUUUUGGGCACAGAAGGUUUGGCAAUUUCGCUCUUGA